CGCGCAGUUCCUGUACGAUCAUCACCGUGUACUCUCCCUGGCCGCCUCCCAAAAUGCUGACAAACAAGAAAAUAUCUUGCAAAUAUGAAAAUCGUUGACAUUUCCCCGCACUCGCAGCUUAUUUCAACAACUAGAUCGGGAUUCCCCCUGUGGCUGGAUAAAGAGAUAAAGAGCGUCGCUCGAACCUGCAUCCUUUACUAUCAUCUUCCCCCAUCACCUGCUCUCUGAAAAAAUGUCGUCAACGAGCACAGCUGAAAAGCUUGAAGCUGCUACCUAUGAGGAUGUCCAUCACCGAGGUCAUUUCGCCAACGCCAAUGCCCCGCCGCCGCCUCCUCCGCCUAUCGCCCGUCCGGCUCUUCCCAACGGUGCAGCUUUAGGUUUAUUCUCUUUCGGCGCGACUUGCAUUGCCAUUUCCCUCUACACCGCCGGCGCCAGUAGUAUCUCAAUUCCCAACGCCGUCCUCGGACUCGCUCUCUUCACCGGCGGUGUCGCCCAGUUCACUGGCGGUGUCGUCGAGUUCGCUCGCGGUGUCACUUUUACUGGUUCGGUAUUCACCAUCUACGGUACCUUCUGGCUGUCCUACGCCGCAGUUCUACUUCCCAACACCGGUAUCGCGACUGCAUACGAUGGCGAGACCAGAAUGCUCCAAAAUGCCCUGGGCAUUUACUUUAUUAUCUGGAGCAUCAUCACCGCCAUGUUUUUGUUAACCGCUCUACGUAAAACCCUGGCACUGGUCAUCCUCCUGUCCCUGCUCACCGUGACGUUCCUCUUCUUCGGCAUCACAGAAUUCACGCACGGAAACUCAGCUGUCGCAAAGGCAACGGGUAUCAUUGGGACCAUCACAGGCUUUGGCGCGUUCUACGUUGGUCUCGGGGAGCUUCUCGGAGCGGACCCGAACCCUCCUUUCCUCCUCCCCCAGGGCGUUUUCAAACACUAAGAAUCAGAUGACUGUAGUAGUUCUUCACCUAGUUACAACCCAAGUCAUAUUUGCGCCGCUCACCAUGGAAGCCUGUAAACUAUUGCAUCAUUUGUAACUUAUAAUAUCACAAGUAAACGCAGAUCUAUAAUAAAUUCGACAUCAAAAAGUGUUCGC